CACACCUUCUCUCUCUUGUUGUCCCGGUGCACACAGUCGUCUCCUGAGAUAAUGACUUCCAACUGGCACUUCAUCCUACUGGCGACGCUGCUGUUAGUGUCCUUCGCCACGGCCGCCACACAAGGGGGAGGAGAACCUUACAGCCACCCUAGCACAUCAGCUGUUCAUCCUAAUCCUCACCUCCACGAGCCGCUACCACAGCCUCACCUCCACGAGCCGCUACCACAGCCUCACCUCCACGCCCCUCGUCCCAACCCCUACCUUCAGGGACAGUUCGGCCACGGAAGACCCGUUUAUGGUGGGGCGUAUUUUAACAGCCCAGAGGUGUUCGGACCUACUGGAUACGGUUACGGUCCUAUUAGUCUCGAGUACUUUGGACCGGGACAGGUACAUGGACAAGGACAGACACAUGGACAGAGACAGGUACAUGGACAGGUGCAUGGACAGGUACAUGGACAGGUACAUGGACAGGUACAUGGACAGGUACAUGGUAGAUAUGGAAUAAACAGCCCUGAAAUUUACGGAUAACUCUACGUCUCCUCCUACAAUAUAAUGGCUACCAACAGCUCGAGUCUCCUGGAUUCCUUUAUGUAUAAUUCAUACACACACAUCCUCAAAGAUUGGUACGUUAAGUGAGUCACCAACGAUAUAAACAUCUAACUGGUGGAUUUUUAAAGAUGGCCUCCAAAACACACCCUGACUAUACUUUAACUUAAGGCCCUUACCCAAGACACUUAUGAGAAUAAAUGGCAAGAUAAGAGUGACUGAAUUCUUACUUACAAUUCAAAUAAAAAAAAGUUAAUACUGUAAUAGGUAAUAUAAUUUAAGUCUUCUAUUACUUAAAUAACCACAAUAUUUAAUAUAUAUCUUAUGUCUGUUAA